GACUGAGUUAGCAUACAUGCGGUUAGUACCGCAAAUGUUUAGCUUUUUUCUAUUAACACUACAGUAUCUUUCACAAGCAAUAAAAAUACGUAAAUAAAAGAUAAAUGGAUACGUUAAAUUAAAAUAGUAAAUUAUCUGAAUACUCACCAAUAUGUAUUGAUAAAACUGAAAAGUAAUGUAAUUAUGCGUUGACGGCUCGGCAAUGACUUCUGGCUUUUUCAAUCCGCUUUGUAGCCGAAGCCAUCCUGAGCCGCUGAGCAGUUGAUCGUAGCGAUUGUGGAGACAGGUGAGGCAGAGUGUUGCGGCGUGCUUCUUUUUAAAAAAAGUCUAUUUUAUAAAACCGCGGCCAUCAAAUGCCUUCUACUCCGAAGGUAGCGUAUGUUGUGUACAAGGACGGGUACCGUGCAAUAGUUGAUAUUCAUCUAGUGAAGGAUUUUCAACCACUUACUUUAGAAGAUUCUGCAAAGAACAAAGAAAUUUAUUGGAAGUGCGAUGUCGACGGAGACAUCGAAGAAGGCUACUACCGCGGUGAUGUAGUACUCCUUGGAGCCAGCGUCAGUGAUCUGAUUCACAGGAUGACUAAGAAGCGGCUCGCCGUGCCUGACAAUAUAUUCUGCAGCGCAAGCUCGGAAGACUGCAAUACUCGAAGGACCCCGAAGAAGAAGAAGCGAAAACGUGCAGCAGCAACAGGGGAAUCAAAAAAGAGGAGCAGUAGUCGGGAGAGCUCCGAUGAAGAGCUUGUGGAGAGAAGGCUACUUAGGAAGGAGCAACAACUGAAUUCUGAGCUUCGCAGAAAGGUCAGGAAGCUCCAAGAGAAACUAGAAGUGUUGGAGCAGCGAAAUGGGAAGCUGCAAGAUCUGCUGUGCAACAAACUUGAAACAUGGUUCAGCCAGCCAGCCCAUCGAAGGAGUGCAGCUGUAGAACCUUUUCUACAGGAAAAUGAAGGCACUAGCGGCAUUCAUGACGAGACUGAAAGUCACUGCCAAGAUGCCCAAUUGGCCCACGAGCGAUUGGCAGACCAGAGUGUACCACCAGGAGAGCCACAAGCAAACCUGCUUCCAAAGCCCCACGAGCCAGUGCAGAUACCGGUGCCAGCGCAGAUACCGGUGCCACAACAGCCAUUGCCGCCACAACCAAACCUGCUUGCAAAGCCCCACGAGGCACUGCCAGUGCAGAUACCGGUGCCACAACAGCCAAUGCCGCCACAACCAAACUUGCUCCCACAGCAACCAGACAUGGUUUGUGAUGCUGUGCGCGCAGAAGACACCAACCAGGAUGCAGAUGCCAUGGCCACGCUACCUCCACUGUUGGCUCUGGUAAAUAGUGAGGUGCACCUUGGCAAAGGUGUCUUUGUCAAAGAAGAGCAAUGGUCAUGGCUGUUGUCGCGACCAAAAGACUCUUUGUUUUGCAAGGAAGCCACGAAGCUCCUGUGGGGUAUCCCUAACUUGAGGAAUAGGAGCCUCACAGGAGCACCCUGUCGGCGCUUCCUAAAGCAGGAAAACCUGGCGCCACCACGGAAAGCACUGACGCCUGAAAAGCUGCAGGCUGUUGCGAAUGGUUUUGCAGCCUACGUCAGCAAGAAGGCCUCCGAGACGCCAAAAGCAGACAGAUUAAGAAAGAUGAAUCGGUUUAUUGCAGAAAUGUUGAAUGAUCUGAAUAAAUAGUGUUAAGGGGGAAACAAUUUAGACAUCGU